GCUUGUAUCAAUGCAAAACGCGGCCGGUCAUAAGCGGCUGAGCCUGCUGACACGAUUGUGACUCGUUGCUAGUUCAGCAGCCGGUGGCCCCAGGUGUUGUCGCUGAUACGUAAAUGUCAUUGGUAAUUCAAUGCAAUGCUAGCGCGCCUGUAGGCGCGACCGACUAAGCUUGAAGAAGAAAGCUGAGGCGACUUGCGCGAGUUCGUGCCGCCAGUUGCGCCAUCACACGGACAAGGGGGAGGCAUGCAAAGCAUUGCACAUCGCAUCAUUAGUGGCUUGGGCAGCGCGGUGGACAGCUCCGGAGCAUGGCGCUGCGCCCGUCAAUCUCUUCAUGUCGGGUCCACGGCUUCGUGCGCCGAGUUUCAGCUAAAUACCGUUAGGGCGGAGAGCUUCUACGACUCGACGGUAGAGAAGUAUGCGGCGCAAGACGUGGAGGUGUUGUCUCUGCGUCAAAUGCUAAGCUUCGGUCGCAACGCAUGGAACGAUCCGGACAAGGUCCUCAAGAGCGCUCGAUAUGUGCAGCGGGAGCUGCCCAAGCGCCUGGCGCGGCGGCUGCUGGACCUGCAGCUGCUGCCGUACAUCGUGGUGACCAACCCACACAUCAAAAAGGUGUACAACCAGUACUACAUCAGCUUUGAGACGCUGCGGCGUGUGCCCACCAUCCGCACGCUGGAGGAGAACCAGGACUUUUGUCAGCUGCUGCGCCAGCACCUGGACUCACACGCCCCCAUGCUGGACUCUCUGGCCACGGGCCUGCGCGAGUGCAAGAGCAAGGAGCUUGUGGGCAGCUGCCUGCGCAUGGACAGCUUCUUUGACUCCAUGCUGCGCAGCCGCAUCAGCCGCCGCGUCAUUGCGGAGCAGCACCUGCACAUCAACAACAAGCGCCCGGCCUUCAUCGGCAUCAUCUGCACCGACCUGGACGUGCACGACUCCAUAGACUUCGCGGUGCAGAAGACCAAACAGGUGUGCAUGGAGACGUACGGCACGGCGCCGGACGUGGUGGUUAGCGGCGACCCACACGUGACCAUUCCCUACAUCCCCGCUCACCUGGACUACAUGCUUUACGAACUGCUCAAGAACGCCAUGAGGGCGGUGGUGGAGCAGGGCAGGGCGCAACAAGCAGCGCGGCAAGCGCAGGCGGGCGGCGCGGGCAAUCCGGCGUUCUCGUGCCCGCCGCCCAAGCUGCCGCCGGUGCAUGUGCGCGUGUGCCCGGGCCUAAACGGCACGCUGACCGUCCGGAUCACCGACCAGGGCGGCGGCAUUGCGGAGGAAUUCAUCGACAAGGUGUGGUCAUACGGCUUUACCACCAUUGGACGGAGCGCGGCGGCCUCCACCCACAGCAGCAGCAGCAGUACCAGCGGCAGCGGCGGGAAGGACGGCGUGGGGCCGGACGUGGUGGAGGGGCUGGGCAGUGGCAUGGUGCAGCAGGUGGCGGCGGGCGCGGGCGGCAGCGGGUCCGCAGCAACGGCAUCCAGUGGCGGCGGCGGCAGCAGCACGGGCGGCCGGCGGCAGCAGCAGCCGGGCGGUGGGCUGCAGGUGCUGAUGCGCGGGCCCGGCGGCCACUCACGCUACCAGAUGGCGGGGCUGGGCUUCGGCCUGCCUCUGUCGCGGCUGUAUGCAAGAUACUUCGGCGGCGACCUGCGGCUUCAGACCAUCCCCGGGUACGGCGUGGACGCCUACCUGACCCUGCGGCGCCUGGAGGAGCACGAGUGGGAGGAGCAUGUGGACGAGCCCUCCACGCUGCCCAUUAACAUGGCUCCUUACUAGCUGCCAGCUGCACGAGGGGAGGUGGCGCUGGCCUGGACGAGUGGACGUGCGCGGCGUCUAGGAUUGUGCCGGCAGGCUGGUGCUGGCGCGUUGGUAGCAGCAGGCCCCGUUCCGGUCGGCUUCCGGGGUCGGUGGGUGCUGUCUACGCAUCGGCUCAUCGGUGGGGUAGCGGGCCGGAGGAGCCAGGCGCGUGGGGCACUGGGCAGAGGGAGCGGGCGGUGGGGGUGGAAGGUGGGGAUCUGCCCCCGGUGUGCGGAGGGCGGGUGGGACUACCGCCUCACGCAUCGACUGGGGCCAUCACGUGGGUUUCAGUUGUGCCAUUGCGUUGCGGCUGACGGCUUACAUUUGACACAGCCACGCAAAGACACUGACGGCUUCUGGUAUCUGGAGACGUGUUUGAAGCGUGCAAAUGCAUUGUUGAUGACAGCUUAACGUGCUACAGCCAAGCGGGCGCCAGAUUGGCUUGUGAAAGGGGCAAGGCGUAGCGAUAUGCGUGUGAUUGAGAACUGUAGAGUGGAAGGCAGCACUGGAGGUGCGCGGGGUAGCUGGGCUACCACAUGCUGCUUGCGGGGCACGCCCCAUAGAUCGCUAGGCGGUUCGCUAGUGCGCAAUACAGAACAUGGGUACGGGUGAGGGUCAAGGUUGGUGGGUUCAUGGGUGCACGUCGCCAUGGAGGUACGGCACGCUUUCACGCGUUUCCAUAAGGGUCAUGUCAAGAGCUACGGCCUGGCUAAUGCACAUCGGUGAUGCAUACACCCUCAUCUAAAUCCUAUUUCGG